AUGGCGGAAGAGCGGCUGGAUACCAAUUUCUCCAGCGUCUCAGCCUCGCUGGGCAACGGGUGCGCGGCCGGAGAGGAGCGGCACUUUCAGCACCACGGACAGUUCUCCGCGCCCGUCUCCGCCCUACUGGCCUCGCUGAUGGGACUCGUGGUUCUGAUCACGGUGCUGGGCAACGCGCUGGUCAUCUUGGCUUUCGUGGUGGACAAGAGCCUCCGGACCCAAGGGAAUUUCUUCUUCCUCAACUUGGCCAUUGCUGAUCUUUUAGUAGGUGAGUGAAGCCAGGGAGCUCCCCACAAACAACUUGAGUUUGGGGCAAGGGCCAGGACAGUAUUCUUCACCCUUGGCCGGUUCAGCCAAUCGUCAUGAGUGAUGGGAGUUGUGUCCCCAGAUGUUUCUGGGCUACAAGGUUGAAGGACCCUGGGCCAGGGGAUCGAGAAAGUUGGAUCUGGUGGACUGAAAUCUGGCCCCAAGCUUCCUCUCUUGGCCCCUUUUCCCAAUGGGGGGGGGACACUAAUAAUUAUAUAUGGAAAGCCCCCAAUGUUUAAAAUCAGCCAAUGAAACUGUGUUUCAAGUUCCAACUUAUUUGGAAGUGUGACUGAUUCCUCAAGCAGCAGAAACUUCAUGGUUGCAGCCCCACAGAACACCCUUUGUCAUUUUUCACCCUCUUUCAUAUGGCUCCCUAACAAAAGUGUGAGCAAACUAGUUUUGCUGGGCUUUUGGAACAGAACCUCUUUUAAUAAGUUGCCUAUUUCCUGCUGAUUGGUGGGGGUUUUAAUACUGUUUUUCCUGUGUGCUAGGCUAAUUUGAUAUUUAUAUUUUUAAUUGUUUUAAUGCAGUUAUUUACUUGGGCACCACUUUGGAAACAUUAACUGAAAAAUUGUGUGUGUGUGUGUGUGUGUGUGUGUGUGUGUAACAAAAUCAGUGCAGUGUAGUGGCUGGUAUGUCAGAUUAAGCUCCAAAAGACCCAUGUUUCAAAUCCUCACUUAUCUAUGAAACUCACUGGGAGAGGGCCUUCAGCCAGUACACUGUCUCUCAGCUGUACCUACCCAACAUGGUUGUUGUGAGGAUCAAAUUGAAGAGAAGCAUGUGGCUCCCUUGAACUCUUUGGAGCAAAGGCAGGGUUUAAAGUUGGGGGGGGUGUAUGUAUAUAUAUAUAUAUAUAUAUAUAUAUAUAUAUAUAUAUAUAUACAUAUAUAUAUAUAUAAACACAACAAUAAUACACAAUGGGGAUUUUGGUGAAGGGAAACCCAAGAUGAAAGUACGGUACUUGGCAAAAUGAACACGCUGUAUAAAUGAUAAACAGUAAACUGCAGCCAAGAUGCUUCCAUUGAAAUGGCCUCUAUGUGGCUUUAUCUUUCUCAGCCUCAGCUUACCAUGUAUGUAAGUAGAUAGAGGAAGUCACUAUGCAGGUGUAUUUGUAAGCACAAACAGGAUUAGAAAAUGUUUUUGCAUAUGCAUUAUACAGAUGAUCAACAACACAUGGUUGGGUUAAUUGUACAUGAGAAAAUUCGUAGCUUGUAGCUGUAUCAGUAGACAUCACAUUAGGUUGCUUCCACCACUUCUCAAUAAGUAUUGUUUGCUCUCCAAGGAACUCAAGGUGGUGUGUAUAGUUCUCCCCCUCCUCUCUUCAUCUCCACAACAACCCUGCAAAGUAGGUUAGGCAGUGAGGCAGGGACUGGCUCAAAGUCACCCUGUGAGCUUCAUGGGCAAGUAGAGAUUUGAACCCUGGUCUUCCGGGUCCUAGUCCAAUACUCUGACCACUAUACCACACUGGCUCUUAAAGGUGGUUUUUAUUUUUAUGUGGCAUCUAAUCAAUUGCAACAUCUGGAAUAAGGGAGGGCUUUCCACUCAGGAGUGAUUAUCUUGUAAUACCAUGCAAUAUAUGAAAUCACUCGUGUAUUUGAGCCUACAAACGUGCUAAACUAAAUCUUUAAGGAACCUUUAGUGUACUAUUUAGUAGCACUGGCUGUCUGUUUGCAGCAAAUGACAGUCUGGAGAAAGCAGACUGAGAACUGAUUUCUGCUGUACAAGCUGUAUGAUUUUGUUGUGGUGUGAGAAAGGUUGCAGAAUGUGUUUGGUUCAUCUCACUACAUACACCAGGAAGACACUGCCAUAAUGUAGUUUUCGACACAGAAUGGAAAAUAAAAUAUGUCCUGGAAUGGCAUACACCCCCAUUCACAGGCAUGAAUUAUUACAUAUGCACGUACACACACACACACACACACACACACACACACACACACACUUUAUUUAAAGCCCUGCAGUGAUGGAGUCUGAUGUAUUGCAUAGAAACAGAUUUCCACAAGUGCGGGGCCACCAAACGAAGACUCCCCCUCUUGUGUCAGCUAACCUCAUUGCAGACACAAAACUAGAGCCCGAGCUGGACAACUGGAGUGCAAACAAUAAUCACCUAGCCCACCCCUGCCUUAAGUAUUCUGACAAAAUGGAGGUCUCCAACUGAUAUUUGACUGUGCCACCUCCGAAUUCAUGUUCUGUGUAAUGGGGAGGGUGGGAUGUAUAUUUGUUUGAAAGUUCCUCCACCUCAAAACCUGUCUCUCUGGUAAGAAAGCUGGGCUAAGACUCUCUCACCAGUGCUGUUUCUUUGUCAAUAUCCACAGGUGGAUUUUGCAUCCCUCUGUACAUCCCUUACAUCCUGACAGGCGAGUGGAAGUUUGGAAAGGGCUUGUGCAAGCUCUGGCUGGUGGCCGAUUACCUGGUCUGCAGCGCCUCCGUCUUCAACAUUGUUUUGAUCAGUUUUGACAGAUUCAUCUCUGUGACAAAGGCGGUAAGGGACAUCGCUUUCUACUACUGACACCCUGAGCUUCUUAAGGCCUUCCAAAGUCCCAGGGCUUUGGGACUAGGAAGUUGCUUUUGUUUGCUCUCCUGUUACUCCAUCAGUAUGUUAAUUCCCAUUAUCAAUACCUCCCAAUUAUGAAAAAUUGGUUAUAUGCUGUGUAGCUCCAUUUUUCUCUGUAAUUGCUGAGGGCCAAAUUCCCUAGGGGGUAAUCUUUCAGGGGCUGCAUAAUAUUUGUGGAUGAGGCCAGAGUCAAAGUGAGUGGGGACUCUUAUCUUUCUUCCACCUCUUCCCUUUCUCUCUCUGUGUGUAUCUUUUAUCUCUUUCUCUCUGUGUGUCUUUUAUCUCUUUCUCUGCCCUCCCUUACCCCUUUCCCUCUCUUUUUAUGCCACCCUUUCCCUCUUUGUGCCUCUCUCUGUGCCAUCCCAUUCUGCCACCCCAAUUCCCUUUUCUUUUUGCCAUCUCUCUCUUUCUCCUUUUCUCUAUUUCUGCCAACCCUUCUCUUCCUCUCUUCCACCCCUUUCUCAUUCACUCUCUCACUCUCUACCUCCCUCUCUCCCUGCCAUCCCCUUAUCUCUCUCUUCCACUCCCUUUCCCCUCUUUUCACCUUUCCUUACUACCCACCUGAAAUUAGUGCAAGGACCACAUAAAAUUAGCCUUGGCAGACACAUGUGGCCUUAGGACUGCAGGGUGCCGAACCCUGCUCCAGAUCUUUGUCGCUAGCAUUUCAGGACUGCACCAGCCAACCACCCUGAAUAAUUUGAGUGACCUUCAGGGAGCUGUGAGAGCUAAACCCGCAGCAAAACCAACUUUAUUCUGGACCUCGUUCUAUCAUUGAGAUCGCUUUCCCUUUAUCAAAGGGCUUGCGGUGAAGUGCUUUUAUUGCAUUCCUCUUCCCAACGUUUUGUUCGUGGCGCUACCAUAAUUUCCUCUAGGUAUUAAUCUCAGCCCUCACUGCCCUAUGGUAAUCAGAUUCAUGCUGUGAGGCUUUCACAUUCCUUUGGAAAAUAAGCUCCCCUCCCCUCCUCUCUUUCUCCAACACCUCUAGCAUUGUAAACACAAGCCAGAGUAAAAUGCAAAGUGGCUUGAGUGCAUCCAUUUCAUCCACAUGCAAGGAGCUUCUUGGUACAAAAGAACAGCCAUGAGAAGUCACUUAUCAAAGCAAAAAUGUACACUCCUGUCAUAGCUUGAAUGUUAGGAAACUUCUUGCAUUUGUCUGUUCAAGGACCUGUAGCUAAAAAUUUCAGAGGCGUGGUAUUUACCUCUCCCCACCCCAACAAAAUUGCUUCUGGGACCCAUAGCUGCCCCUCUGCAAAAGAAAUAAAACCCCCUCCCAAAGCCCCCAUUUACCAUUCAUUUUCUGCCAAGCUGUUCUUCGUCCUGUCCCAAUUCCUUUGUGACCUCCCUCCACCCAUGGCUCUCUGGCACCCACUAUUGUGAUGCUCAAGCCACUCUUCCUUAUUCUGCCCAACUUCAUCACAUCAUUCCAAUUCCCACUAAGCAUCUCAGCAUCCCUGCUGAGCUAAUAUCACAGUCCCCACCACUUUCCCCUGCUCUAAGCAGAAAACUUUGGGACACCAGCAGCCAUCACACCGAUCCCAGCCCUCUUCUCAGACCUAUUUGCAUUUCUUGCCCUAAGGGAGCAGGACAAACCUGUUUUCAACCUUCACACACCUGGCUGCAGAAAGGCUGAAAAUUAAUUUCAGCCUGUGGCUGAGAGCAGCAGCUAGUGCAGCUAUUCCAUGAGCACUUCCACAAUCCCAGAAACAACAUGGGGUUUUUUAAUGGCAAUGGGUUUUUAAUGGUAUAGUCAUCACCUGACUCUUCCUCUUACCUUUCCACCUAGGUGAGUUACAGAGCUCAGAAGGGGAUGACCAGGAACACAGUGGUAAAAAUGGUCAUGGUCUGGGUAGCAGCAUUUCUCCUUUAUGGCCCAGCGAUCAUCAGCUGGGAAUACAUUGCACAUCGAAGCAUCCUGCCCGAGAAAGAGUGUUAUGCUGAGUUCUUCUACAAUUGGUACUUCCUCAUGAUUGCCUCCACGAUAGAGUUCUUCACUCCUUUCAUCAGCGUCUCCUACUUCAACUUAAGCAUUUACAUCAACAUUAGGAAGAGGACCCCACUGAGGAGGGAGACGCUGCCACUCAGUCACAGAGGCGGCAAAAGUCACCCCCGGGAGAAGCAAGAACACCCCAACUUUUUUAUGAAAGUGAGCCAGAAAAGGAGUAAGGAGAAGACAGCAAGCAGCUCCUCCUUUACUGAACCUGCAGUCCAGCAGCUCAGCAUUGGUCACCUCCAGAGCCAGCCGGCCGAUUUUAACGUCAACCAAGACCUUCUGCCUUUGCAAGUAGAUCUUCAGACUAAAUCCCCAUGGGAUGGUUUCUACAAGGCCCUGGAGAGUCUUUCCACCACCAAGAGAAAAACAGAGGUUGCCAACACCAUGGCUAGCAGGUUCCGGCUUUCCCGAGAUAAAAAAGUGGCCAAAUCUUUGGCCAUCAUCGUCUGCAUUUUUGCUCUUUGUUGGGCUCCUUACACACUGCUGAUGAUCAUCAGAGCAGCUUGCCAUGGGAAAUGCAUCCCACAUGCGCUCUACGAAGCCUCCUUUUGGCUCCUGUGGUUGAAUUCAGCCAUUAACCCCAUUUUAUACCCUUUGUGCCACAUGAGUUUCAGAAAAGCUUUUUUCAAACUGUUGUGCCCGGGGAAAGCUAAGAUCCACCCCAAUAUGUUCCUGUGA